AUGGUGAAGGUGGAGACCAUCGAGGACGGAGGGAAGGCUGCCCACUGCAAGAAGCUGAAAGUUGGUGAUGAACUCAUUAACAUAAACGGAUCCCCCCUCUACGGCAGCAGACAAGAAGCCCUGAUUCUCAUUAAGGGAUCCUACAGGAUACUGAAGCUCGCAGUCAGGAGACGUAGUGUCCCUUUCAUCAGGCCUCACUCCUGGCACCUGGCAAAGCUGUCGGAGCUGCCCUUCCCUCCCCCUCCCCCUCCCCCUCCGUCCCCUCCUCCAACACCACCCUGUCUCCCCACUGCCGACUCCCCACCUCUCCCCCCUCCUCCACCCCCUCCACCUGCCAUGCAGCUCCACCCCGGCCCUUACACACUACCCUGGCACACGACUGACAACAGUGAUUUGUCCAUGCAGUGGAGUCAGCUGUCCAGACCUUACUCCUCCACUGACCGAAGCAGCUCCCUGGGCUCCAUGGAGAGCUUGGACACACCUACACCCACCACGCAGCCAUACUCAGACUCCCAUAAUUCACCAGUCGAUCCCACCCUCUUCAACAAUAAGAGAGACUCUGCCUACAGCUCCUUCUCCGCCAGCUCAAACACAUCUGACUAUGCGACAGUCCCUCUGAGACCCGGUGAAGCCAACUCAGAUACUUUAGAUACGCACUGUAUCCAGACGGAAGAUAUUAGAUUUAUAAAAUGUGACACUAGUGCUCAUAAAGACUACAACUCAGAGAGCACCUCAGAAAACCUCUCUGAACCACUGACAACUUCCUUAAAUCCCAAGCUCCCCUCUGAUUCUGACGCCUUGCCUGCAGAAGCCUCCACCGAGGUUCAAGAGCAGUCCUGUAUCUCCCACACUCAGACCAAGCACUGCUCUACUGUGCUACACAGGCACAGCGCUCCCGAGAAGCUCCUUGCUACACAACUUCAAUUGCUGCAGUUUAACAGUGACAGCCCUUCUGUGGAACCAUGCAGUUUAUCAAACCCUUCUGAGCCCUCUUUGUCUCCCUGCAGCAGCCAGUGGUCCCCUUCAUCACUUCAGCCAAUGAGUGAACACCAAGAAGCUUCUCAAAACCACCUUCAUGCCACGUCAAACAAAUGGGGAGGUAGCCGAUGCUCAACCCCAGGAUCUGUGUUCUUCGAAGGAGAUGGUGAUGACAAAGAUUCAAGAGAGAGGCUGAAUGUGAAUGGCGGUUCUCUCACACCGGAUCAGCAUCACAUGCCAUGGGGUCGCUCUGUGAGCGUGCCAGGGGAGAGCACAGGAUCGUCAGCACAGGAAAGACUGAGCUCUGACCAGAUGCUUGAGCGGGACUUUGAGCCUCUUAGUGCUGCUGCAAGUAUGGAUACCUUACUGGAUGAGCAAAGAGCAGUGGACAGAGGAAAAGGAGAAGACAAAAAACAAGAAGUUGUAGAAGGUGAGGCAAGUGGAAAAAAGUCCAACUCUUCCAGGAACCAUCGAAGGAACCGCCGGCGAAGCGAGAGAUUUGCCACCAACCUGCGCAAUGAGAUUCAGAGGAAAAAGGCCCAGCUUCAGCGCAGUCGAGGUCCAGGAGGGUUACUGUGUAGUAGAGAAACUGUCCAGGAGGAGGAUCCAGAUGUCAAUGAGGAGGGAGAUGCAGAACAGCCAGCCCAGGAAGAGGGUGCCAAGGCUACAUUUGCCACUCCUUCUCUUCCCCAAGAUUCCCAGACCUCAGAACCAGUCAUACCAUCAAACACCUCAAGUGAAUCAGACCGUGAUGUCUUAAAGACUCAGUCUCCCUCCCUAACCUACCCUCAGAACAAUAGUUUAUCCAGGUCUGUCCAAAUUCUGGACCCAGGCGCCCCGAGUUUUGGUGUUGGCAUCCGAGUUGUGGAGGAACCAGCUCCCGCUGGCAAGGCCCGCCGUUGGCGUUGGACCCCUGAGCACAAACUCCAACCAGAACCUGAUCAAGACAGACAGUGCAGAGUUUCCAAUGAGAGCGUUUUAGGAGUAACAGGGUCUCGUCAUGGAGUUUGUGCUUUCACCUCAUCAUCUACAUCAACAUACGGCCGCUUGUCUUCAGGUUCUCGAACGGAAGAUUCUGAUAUCCUUCCGUUUGCAGAUAGAAUGAAGUUUUUUGAGCAAACGAGCAAGGGCGUGUCUGUUUCAAAUGCCCUGGGGUCUAUCCGGAGCACCAGAGGGGGAGAGCCUCCAAACCAAAGGAGAUAUUCCUAUCAGGGGAGACCGCAGGAAAGCUCCCUGCUUUCAAAUACUGUGGAGGCCAGGAGGCAGUCUGUGAAUAACAGCAGGGAGAGGCAGAAAGAAAAGGAGAGGGAACAAGCGAGAGAAAGGGAGGAGAGGUUGAGGGAGCGAGAGGAGAGGCUAAGAGAAAGGGAGAAGCAACAGGAAAAGGAAAGACAAGAGAGGGAACUGGAAAUGGAGAGGGCAAGGAUGAGGGAGAUGGAGCGGGAGAGAGAGCGAGAGGAGCGGGUCCGCCAGUGGGAAAGGGAGCUCGAGCUGGAAAGGGAAAAAGAAAUGGAGAGAGCCAGAGAACGAGAGCGACUCCAAAAUCAAAGAGAGAAAGAGCUUGAGAGAGAAAGAGAGAAGGAAAGGGAAGAAGACUGUCAGCUCACCUCUCAUCAGGAGUGUUAUCGUAGCUGUGGCUUCACAGUAAAAACUCAAGACUUCCAACAACACAAGGAGAACUUCCACAACUUUCAGCCCAAACCUCAGAUAUUCUCACACAGCCAAACCCAGAGUCACGUCCCACGAUCAGCUUUUUAUCCAGUCAGCACCCUUUCCCAGCGACCAGAGAACCGACAAGCUCUGCCCCCGGGAUUCUCAGCACAGAGCUACACAUCUGCCGAGACUUAUCCUGCCAGGCAGCAGGAAACAAGCAAGCUCAACAGGAAGUACAGCCUGACCGAGAGGGACUAUCCAAGUUGGAGGCGGGAGUCCAGACCUCCAGAGAACAUCGGUCAGUACCAGCAGCACCUGCAGCAGCCUCGAUGGGGCCUCAGACACACAGACAGCAGCACCGAUGACCACAACGGCUAUGCCUUUGCACCUCCACCAGCUCCUCUUUAUCUCAGAGGUCGAGCCAUGUCCGAAAACGACCUCCGCUUCGACAGCAGCCAGCGCUGGUCCCCUUCAAUUUCCAUGGCAACCAGCCAGACCCUGAGUGAGGUGGAGGAAGGCAACAUGAGGCGUGGAGAUGCAUCGAGUGUUUCCAGGCAAAACAGGAAGAAGACACCCCCUCCUCCAAGACCACCACCCCCAAAGUGGGAGCAGUUCCACCGCCGGCGAGCGUCUCACCACGCCCUGUUCUCCUCCUCAUCUGCUUCUGCUGCUCCUCACUCCAUCCCUGCCUCCUUCAACUCUCCAGGGGCUCACUAUUCAGCUCACUUGUCCACCUACGUCCCUCCACCUGACACCUCCAGGCAGAGGUCCUUCAGUCUUCCUCCAGAGAGGCAGGAAGUGGUGGAGGGCGGGUGCCCGAGAUGCAGCUGCAGUCAAACCCAGGAACGCACAAUCACCCCGUCCAAUCAGAAUCAGCCUCAGUUUCAGGAACGCCUCAUUACCGUUGCUCCGCCUAGCCCCAUGUUCUCGAGGAGGGGAUUCAGGCCGGUGGCUCCGCCCCAUAAAGAAAGGGAGGCUGAAUCACCUCUGCCGCCUCCACCGCCUCAUCCUCCUUCAGUAGCAAAGGAGAACAGUGUGAGCAGUUCAUCUGCGAUGGACGUCAGCUGCAGCCCAGACCACAACAAAAUUACAGUCAAACCUUACAAACAGCAGCCCAGCGUGAGACCUGGAGCCGAGUGGGAGAGAGCUUCAGCCCCCAGGGUUCACAGCGACACGGCGACCCCUCCUAUUUUAGAAAACGGAGGUGUCAUUGAGGCUUCCGGUAGAUAUGCCAGUCGAACCGACUGCGAGCAACUUCGUGUGGACAGAGGCUUCCAGAUGGAAGAUCAGCAGAAGAUCCUUGAAACAGGAACCGAAUCAGAGACGACCCUCAGCCCGAGCCCGGAGCACAGCCUGGAGGCUGACCUGGACGUCCCCUUAGAGACCGACAUCGAUGACUUCCAGGAGGAGGAGCUUCCGGGAGAGGACAUUCCCAUCACAAGCGAGCUCCCGUGCUUCGCCCUCCCUGUCACGGUCCUGGAGACAGACAUUGACACGCUCCCGGAUUCUGAGGCGUCGCCGUCAGGCAGGACAAGGGCGGAGAGCAGCUCCCUGGAGGAGGAGCUGGAGGGUGGGGAGAGCAGCAGCAGAGAGGGGCUGAGCCUGGAGGAGCUCUUCCCCCAGAGCAGUGAGGGCGAGUCGGGCACAGAGAGCUGGAGAGAAGCGCAACCCGCAGAGCACAGCACAGACAGCCUGGAUAGGCGGUCAGGAGCUAGCUCCAGCUGUUCGUCCUAUUACAGCACAUCAACGGCCAAGGCUCAGAUCCUGUCGCAGAUGAAGGACUUCACAGAUAACAGAGAGCGCGACAAGGAUGACGAGCUGACCUACAAGAAACAGCUGAUGGAGAGCCUCCGGAAGAAGCUGGGAGUGCUGAGGGAAGCUCAGAGAGGACUGCAGGAGGACAUCAGAGCCAAUGCACAGCUGGGAGAGGAGGUGGAGAGCAUGGUGGUCUCCGUGUGCAAGCCCAACGAGGUGGACAAGUUCCGCAUGUUCAUCGGCGAUCUGGACAAGGUGGUGAGCUUGCUGCUGUCGCUGUCCGGGAGGCUGCUAAGGGUGGAGACCACGCUGGACACACUCCACUUUGUGAAGAUGAAGGCCGCCUUGCUGGUGGAGCAGCGGCAGCUGGAGGACAAGAUCCGACUGGGAGAAGAGCAGCUGAGGGGGCUGAGGGAGAGCCUGGGACUGGGGCUGGGAAUGGGCAUGGGCAUGUCGAUGGGAUAUGGACAAUAUUAGGAACAACAAAGCUUGAAAGCGGAGAAGAAGGAAGGUUUUUUUUUUUUUUGUAGACUUUACUUGGAUAUGAAGAAAAGGAGGUUUGGUGAUUACGAUUUCAUCUGUCUGAGAAAAGGAUGCAUCAUCAAUUUUCGUCGUGAACCUCCGCUCUUAUUUUGAAGGAAAACUGCAUCACUUGUUUUGAGACCAAGUAUGAAACCAUUGCUAGGAGCUGAUUAACUUGGAAAUAACUGGGCUGGCUCCAUCUGCAGAUAGCGAAAUCGUCACCUUGUUUAAAACUGACUGCAUCACAGAUUUCUGAAGUCUUCAUGUAGCUUCACAUUUAGCACCUCGAACUGCUUUUUUAAGGUUUAGCAGACCUGUACGCAGAGAAUUCAGGUCCAACACAAACAGCUGUAUCAGCACCCUGCAAGGGUCUAAGUAGGUGAGAAGGAAUGGAGGUCUCUCAACAACAGAGACCAGGAGAGAGGCACGAGUCCAAGGUGUCAAAAUGAAAAAAGACGGGGAAAAAAAGACUGUUAUUAUCAUUAACUACAGACUGCAGUGGAGGGAUAAAUCUAAAGAUCUACCAAAACAUAUCAACAAUUAAUCUCCAGGAUAUGCGAUCUGAGAGCACAGAGCAUGCUCAGUGUUGGAAAUGGGGGGCGAUCUGUGAGUGAAACAGCUGGUGAAGAUUCAUAGUGAGCGGCUUCUCGUGGACCGAACGGACACGUGAGAAAAUGUUGUACCCUCUGCUUCACGUUAUGAACCACGUACUGUAACAUUUAUUGUCCUCUAACCAGUAUCGCGCCACGCUGCCAAAGACAUUUUUGCUUGUUGAAUGUGUCACUAAGACGCUGCUCACUUUGUUGUUGUUGUUUUUAAUGUAUUUAAAUCUCCUGGUUCAGAGAAUUACAGGAUUUUUUUGGUGCUUACAUUAACCACACUAAAGCCAAUAUUGUGAAAUGCCAUUUGCAGGAUUAUUAACAGCUAAACAUGUCAUUUCUACAGCCUUCAGCAACACAUAUACUGUUUUAUCUAAGCAUCAUAUUGUCAUAUCACUUUAUAUUCUUUUUACUGUAAUGUCUGUGGCUGUAAACAUGUUACUGUGUGGAGUUUGACACUUCACUGACUUGUUCUGCCAUGGAGUGACCGUUAUGUACAGAAGAUGCGUGUUUAUAAUGUAUAUAGCGGUUUUGAUAUUUGAAAUGACUGGAAUAGGUUGUAAAAGAUGAGAAAGAAGACCGGAAGGAGUUGAAGUUUACUGUAUAUUUUGGCAGUGGAUGAAUCCAGAUAAGUGUUUGGUUUGUGCUAAACUAAACUUUGUGUAUCCUUUUUCAUUUUUUCUGUCCAAUAAGCUUGUUCAAGCAACUGUAAAGUUUUAAAAAUGUUUUUAAGUCCACCAUUUUUGCCCUAAAAUUUGUAUUCGAGUCCCAAAUGUUGUAUAAAUUUUGGCUAUUUUUGAUAAGAAGAUUUAAACCCUGUCAAACCCUUUCAGUAUAUAUACGGCUACAUCUAGCAGCCAGUUAGCUUAGUUUAGCAUUAAUGACAAGCUCGACUCUUUUUCUGCCAGCAAAGUUAAAUAAUUAACACAUUGUAUUUUGUUUAUUAAUCCAUAAACAAAGGAUUGAACAUGUGAAAACUGCAGUGUUUUAAAGCUCUACCUCUUGAUGCUAAUGGAGCUAGCACCUUGGUAUUUAGGAUUUAGCGGCUAAUUGUUUUAAGUUGUUUAUUUUAGCCUUGUUUUAAAGUUCAGCUCAAAUUAAACAAAACCAAUCUAAUCAGUGAGUCAUAAAGUAAAUGUUAAACACAGUUUAAUAUGAAUUAUUAUAAAAGUAUAAGGUAAGUUGAUACUGGAACAAAAGUGUAAAGACCUAGCUACUUGAUGCGUAGUUGUUUUAGCUUGUUUUGGUUUUGUUUUAACUUUUAGGUUAACCACAAAAAAACACAAAAUAAACCAUAAAUAACCAUUAAACUGUUUAAAUAUAAAUUAAAUUUAGAUGAAUUAAAAUUAUAUGAAUAAAGCAAGCUGGAUACAAUGUGUUAAAUAUUGAGCUUUAAAGUGCAGUUUGUACACAUUAAACAAACAAAAUGCAGUGUUCCCUUGUUUCAAGUCUUUCUGCUAAGAUAAGCUAAGCUAACACGCUCUUGGAAGUAGAUUGAUAUAUGUGGUGUCAGUUUUCUCAUCUACAUUUUAUCUAGAGAGCAGAUACAACCCGUUUGAAAACUGAAAUUUGUGGUUUUUGUUGACAAAAUGGAGAGAAUUCAGCUUUCCUGAAAGGGAGAAGAACUUCUAGUUAAUUGUUUAUUGUUACAACCCUCCAUUAAACUUUAAAACAACUUCUGUCUUGUAAUUUGGGAUUUGUUGCCAAAAUCCAAUUCCAAGCUUUUUCCGCUGGCCUAAACCUCAGAAAGGAGUCCAGACCUGCCUGUCUGAAUAAAUACAAAUUCAAAACUAGAAGAGCAAACCCCAUUCCAAAGAUUUCUAAGGAAAGUGAUGCUGAAGGGAAAUGAAACGGCUCUUAAACGCUUUGGUCCAAUCUGUUUGAUCAUUUAAUUAUUGAUCAACUGAAGCAAAGAACAAACCUACAUUUUAUUCCAUUAUCAUUUUGUUUUCUUAAGAUGUCCAGUUAAUGUUACUCCCAUGUUUUGUACAUAUUAAAUGUAUUCCUGCUCUAUAAAUUGACUGGAAAUGUACUGAUUUGAAAGGAGAGGGACAGAAAGUUGCUUAUUGGACCUGAGAAAGAGAAUAAUUCUUCUGUUCAUGUUUCCAUCUGCCAUUUUGAUUUAAUACAAACCAUUUUUUUGUCUCUUUUUGUAACAUGCAUUACUGAAAAGGCCUGUUUUAUAACUGCAAAAACACUCAUCUGAGGAAAAAGUACCAUAAAUAAUAAUAAUGAUAUUUUAAACCAGCUUUGGGUCUCCUGCUGUGAUUUAUGCCCUCAUGGGUAAAAGCUCUCUUCAACUUGUCCGGUGCUGAAAUGUGUUUUCCUCUUGGGGCGGGGCCAUUCUUCAAAUGUGGUUGGACGAAAUACGGGGUAAAUGGAGGUUGACUUAUGACGAGGGGGAGUCAUUCAGGAGCUCUGUGGGAUCUGGGGAGUUCUCCUGAAGGGAAACGAUCUCUGUGUCAUUAAUACUGAUGCUCUGUCUAAAUUGCUGAAUGGAGCAGAGGCCAGGAAAUACAAUAUUAACGUACAGUGUCGUGAGUUGUACGUUUAAGGAGCAAAACCGCCCCAGUUUAAUGUUUUGGUAACUACCAAAAUUAUUUUUUAUAUUGGUUUAAUGGUUAAUUCACCAGAUACACAAGCUACAAGCUAUUUAACUAAAAUGAUGUUCUUAAUGUUAAAAUAUAAUUAUUGUUAUUAAUGAAUUCUGAAAAUUACCAUUUAUAAAAAAAACA